GUGCAACACGACAGUUGCUCUCCUAGGGAUGCUCUCGCGGCGGGCCUUCGGCUUCUUCCAGCGCCUGCAUUUGCUGACCUUGCUCAGCAGAUCACGCUUAGAUACUGCAGCGAGGAGGGGGAGAAAAGCCACGGCAUGGCCUGCAGCUGCCACCUUCGGCGGCUCGAGAGGGGCUGAGCUCAGCUGGCGGCGGCCAAAGCCAGUCUCUGCCUUGCCUGCUUGUGGCGCGCCCUCCGCUUCCAUGGCGCGCAGCUGAGAGGCGAGUGGCCGGGCCGUCCCCACUGAAGUCACGCGGAGAGCCUGGGAGGCGGGCCGAGGGAGGAGCAGGAGGCGGAGGCAGGAGGAGGCGCCGCCGCGGGUGGCUGCAGAGCGGAGCCGGGGAGGAGUGAGGUGGAAGAUGGUGGAGCGGGAGGCCGGGCCAGCGGCUGAAGGGAAAGCGCCCUCCCAGGUUUCCUGCCCACCACCACCGCGCAGCUGCUGCCCGCCGCAUCCGUGUCAGACCUGCUGCGCGCAGUGAGUGAGGCUGGUGCACAGGCUCCGAGCAAACGAGACUCAUCUAACAUCAUCUGACCAAUAUCUGAGUCACAGUACCUUACAUUCUACUGCACUGCUGUCAAAAUAAGAAGUCUUUUUCAGUGUCUGUAGCCUGUGCCUGUCAUACCUCCAGAAGCACAUACACAACACAUUGUCAUAAUCAUUAGAGGUUUAGAAAUAUACAGGACUUCCUAAUAUUUCUGGGUUUGCUUCCUGACUCUGAAGAGAAGAGAGAGCUCAAGCCUCAGCACACACAAUGUCAAUAGAAUAAGUGAGUUUACCUUCUAGAACCUGCCAUGAACCAUUUUGAGGGACCACCUGAAGGAGAGGGGAGUGAUGAACUAGCGAGUAGAGAGGCGAAUGAGUCUGUGGAGGCCGACCUGGAACAUUCGGAGGUAGAAGAGGAACAGCAACAGUAUGCUGUUCAUUAUUCAAGAUGUGCCAACGGCAGCCAUGAAGGACAUUCUAGACAGGAAGAGGAGGGCACAUUAGCACGGUCAGCUAGUACAGAAAGUGGUUUCCAUAAUCACACAGAUACUGCUGAGGGAGAUGUCAUAGCUACAGCAGAGGAUGCUUAUGAAGGAGACAGAGUACUAGAGAAUGAGGAUGAGAGUGCCUAUGCAGUGCAAUACAGGCCUGAGGCAGAGGAGUACACAGAAAAUGCUGAGGCAGAACAUGCUGAGACGAUUCAUAAUCGAACUCUUCCCAACCACUUGCACUUUCAUUCCAUUGAGCACGAGGAAGCCAUGAAUGCAGCAUAUUCAGGCUAUGUGUACACCCAUCGGCUCUUCCAUAGAGGGGAAGAUGAGCAAUAUGCAGAGCCCUAUGCUGACUAUGGCCUGCAAGAACAUGUGUAUGAGGAGAUUGGUGACACUCCUGACCUUGAUGUCAGGGAAGGUCUUAGACUUUACGAGCAAGAAAGGGAGGAGGCUGACAACUAUCGAAAAGAAGCUUUGGGUGCACGCCUUCACCACUAUGAUGAACGCUCUGAUGGAGAGUCCGACAGUCCUGAAAAGGAGGCAGAGUUUGCUCCCUAUCCAAGGAUGGACAGUUAUGAGCAAGAGGAAGAUAUUGACCAAAUAGUGGCUGAAGUCAAACAGAGCAUGAGUUCUCAGAGCCUAGACAAAGCUGCUGAAGACAUGCCAGAAGCUGAGCAGAAUGUGGACUCUAGUAAUGCUCCUGCUAAUAUGCAUAAUGAGAGCAACAGCCAACUUUCAGUUGGCUCUAGGCCUUCUGUUAAUGUAGGAGAAUCAGUGCAAAGAUACAGCAAGGAAAAAAGGGAUGCAAUAUCACUGGCUAUAAAAGACAUUAAAGAGGCUAUUGAGGAAGUGAAGACAAGGACCAUUCGUUCCCCUUAUACCCCCGAUGAACCCAAAGAACCCAUUUGGGUGAUGAGACAGGACAUCAGCCCAACCAGGGAUGGUGAGGAUCAGAGGCCACUAGAGGGAGAUUCUCCAUCUCCUGAUUCAUCUUCACCUCGAGGUGCUGAAUCAUCAAGUAUACAACAUCACCAGGAUGCCUGUGGUACAGCAGAAACCCCUACAAAUAAGGAGUCAAGAAAAAGUUUGGCUUCAUUCCCAACGUACGUUGAAGUUCCUGGGCCCUGUGAUCCUGAAGACUUAAUUGAUGGAAUCAUAUUCGCUGCCAAUUACCUUGGCUCUACUCAGCUUCUUUCAGACAAAACUCCAUCCAAGAAUGUGCGAAUGAUGCAAGCCCAGGAAGCUGUCAGCCGAAUCAAGCAGAUGGCCCAGAAAUUAGCCAAAAGCAGAAAGAAGGCUCCUGAAGGUGAAUCUCAACCCAUGACAGAAGUUGAUCUCUUCAUCUCAACACAGAGAAUAAAAGUGCUGAAUGCGGAUACUCAGGAGGUGAUGAAAAUUCCCUUUAAUUCGGAAAACGAAACUAUGAUGGAUCAUCCUCUGAGGACCAUUUCCUACAUUGCAGAUAUUGGGAAUAUUGUCGUACUGAUGGCUCGCAGGCGAAUGCCAAGAUCUAAUUCCCAAGAUAAUGUGGAGGCAUCUCAUCCCUCCCAGGAUGGGAAGAGGCAGUACAAAAUGAUCUGCCAUGUCUUUGAAUCUGAGGAUGCGCAACUAAUUGCACAGUCUAUAGGCCAGGCAUUUAGUGUGGCCUACCAAGAAUUCCUAAGGGCAAAUGGAAUAAAUCCAGAAGACUUGAGCCAGAAGGAAUACAGUGACUUGCUCAACACCCAGGACAUGUACAAUGAUGACCUGAUCCACUUCUCAAAGUCUGAAAACUGCAAAGAUGUUUUCAUUGAGAAGCAAAAGGGAGAAAUUCUGGGUGUAGUGAUUGUUGAGUCCGGAUGGGGAUCCAUCUUGCCUACAGUUAUCAUUGCCAAUAUGAUGCAUGGAGGACCAGCUGAGAAAUCUGGGAAGCUGAACAUAGGGGACCAGAUCAUGUCAAUCAAUGGGACUAGCUUGGUUGGCCUACCUCUCUCUACGUGCCAGAGCAUCAUAAAGGGUUUGAAAAAUCAAGCCAGGGUUAAGCUGAAUAUAGUGAGAUGUCCUCCAGUCACUACUGUCCUCAUCAGAAGACCAGACCUCAGAUAUCAGUUAGGCUUCAGUGUACAAAAUGGCAUUAUCUGUAGCCUUAUGCGAGGAGGGAUUGCAGAACGAGGAGGAGUACGAGUGGGCCACCGAAUUAUUGAAAUAAAUGGACAAAGUGUUGUAGCAACACCUCAUGAAAAGAUUGUUCACAUUCUUUCAAAUGCUGUUGGUGAGAUCCAUAUGAAGACCAUGCCAGCUGCCAUGUAUAGACUCUUGACUGCACAGGAACAACCAGUUUACAUCUAAAGCUCAUCUUCCCAGUGUGCAUGGAGGACAUUCUCCUCAUUAGUGGUUGUGUUUUCUUGUGCUGCAUUUUGGUGUUUGCAGCAACAUUUCUCUCUCUGUCUCCCCCACCUUUAUCAUUCUGCCGUGUACAAGUUGACAUUUUUGGUUGCACUUUUUACUUUUAUGUGAUUCUUCACAGAGCAGAAAAAUAAUCAAGAUUUUUCUCUCACGCUUACACAGACGCACACACUUGUUCAGGCUGCAUCGUUUUAUGCUUCUGUGGCUAAGACAGAAAAACCUAAGUACAUUGAAUGGAAAUAAAUUAGAAAGCUCUUUUUAUCAAAUAGGUCAAACAGUAAGAUGGAAGUCUCCUCUCGGAGUGAGACAAAGGAUGUUGACCUGUUUAUCCUGUAAAGUAACUGUGCCGCAUAUGUUAGGAAAGCACCGAUGAUAAUUUUGCCCCAAGGAAAAUUUUACGUUUGAAGAAUGAGCAUUGCUUCCCUAAUGUACUUCAGCACCUGUAUAGCAGGAGACUGUUGCCUCGGGUGGUGUUUAUCCCAUGCGGAAUCUCAUCUGGGACUAACACUUGCAUUGCUUAUGGGAGAUGUGCUUUCACAGUUUUGCUCUCUGAUAUUUUACCCUUUUUCUUGCCCCGCCCCCAGCUUCGCCAAAGGUCCUUUAUUUUUUAGGUGCAGCAUGAUUUUUUGCAAAUGGCUUUUCUAUUCGCUACUUUCUUUCUAAAGUUGAGUGAUAAACUUCUAAAUACUCAUCAGAAAUGAUUGGGGUUGGCGGGGAGCAGAGUGUGUGCUAUCAGAUCUAGACUUUCUAAGGUUCUUCUUUUUGUGUAUAUGUAGGUGUGUAUGUGAGCUGAGUGAUUGUCACAUUUCAAAACUGUGUGCUUGAUAUUUAUAAUUUUUUAAAAAGUCUGCAUACACUUCUAAAUUGUUUUGUUAUUCUGAGCCAGUUUACUUUUAACAUAUCUUUGGUCCAAAAGUUUGUAUUUAAUUUUUUAAAGACAAGUUUUCUUUAAUUUUGGACCAUAGCAUUAAUGGAAUAGUGGAAGGAUAUAAAUUUAAUUUAUUUUGUAAAAUAUAUAUAUAUAUAAAAAUAUAAAUAUAUGUAAAAUUAAUCCCAUGCAUGGGACAUUAAAGGAGUAUCUUCACUUACUGUAGAUGCUUGUGCAAUGAAAAAGUGUUCUAAAAUCUUUUGGUCAUGGUAUUUAAAAUCAAGGCGGCCCACAGACUCUAGUAUUUCUGGCAAAACCUCAUAGCAAAACACUAGGUCCUGCAACAUUCUAAAUGUGUAUACAUUUAUUGUGGCAAAAGCCUUUUUGGGAUAGACCCCACAAAAGCUCAUGUCAUAAUAUACAUUAAGAUGCCCCAGGAAUCCUUCGUUAGUUUUGCUGCCACAGAUUAACAAAGCUGCCCUUCUGGAAUUUGCCUAGGAUUUGUGUGAUAGGGAAGGAAGAUAGGAAGACAAAGUAAGAGUGCUCCCCAGUUCAGUGUUCAGGGCAACACUGGUGGACCAGGAUAAGAGAUUGGGAUGUCUGCCUGUUGCAUGGGUGUACGCAUGUCACAUAGAUAUGUAAUGGCCUGCUUCUGGAAUGCAGUGCCCUGCGUGGGUGUUAUGUGUGGAUUCAUGUGGAUCUCAUCCCCUACAUCAAGCAUAGAAGCUCUGAGAGGGGGAGGAGCUGGUACUGUGAUAGCACCUUCAGUUACUUAAGAUAACUGUGAUACAAGCAAGAAUGGAGUUCCUGUAGCUCCAUCCACUAGACUCUCUACACUGGCAGAAGUUGCUAUGCAGCGUAAGGAUAAUGGCAAGAGUUGGGGUAUGCAUGACUACCUUCUACUGCCUACAUAGCAGUAUUAUGGGAGGAACAAACAAUAGGAAACAAAUAGCAUCAGGCCAACUCUAGCAACCUGGUCCCAUGCAGUUUGGUGUGCCUAAGCCCACUGAAGUCAAUGUGCCUACUUCUGCAUAGGAUUGGGCUGCAGUUGCUUAAAAUCAACUGCAAGUUGGCACCUGCUUAACAGUCAGAUGUGGUUGUUUUAUUGGUUUAGAUGGGUGUGGACCUUGUCAGCAAGCUGGAUUGGAGACCACUGGAAGCUCUAUGUAACUCUCUGUUUGUCUGUGUGUGUGUGUGUGUGUGUGUGUAUUUGUACACACACACACACACAAUUUUUUCAAGCUGGCUGCACAUUUUCAAAGCAAAUUGAAGUGGAUUACUUCUAACACUUCCAUCCCUUGAUUUAAAAUCAACACAUCCAAAUUAUUUAGCAAUUAACUCUUCAAAUAACUGCAGUGAGAUGAAAAUGGAAACCCACCCACUCCCUCUUUUUAGGAAGCCUGGAAAAUGUACCAUGUGGAUUUUGAAUGUGUCCUUUUACAUUUUUUCUGCCUGGAUGAGGGCAAUAAGCAAAGGCUGUACUUUUAUUUAAGAAACAAAGGGUUGCAGUAGGAGAAAGGAGGGAAAAUGUUUGUUAGGAGAAAUGACUGCAGUGACCACCACCCCACUCAUAGGAAUUGUAUUACGAAAAAAGCAUAGAAUUGCUCAACUUUUCUCAAGGAAAAGGGAUUCCAAACUGUAGGACAUAUCCAACAUUAAAAGACCACAAUGUUAGUAGUCCAGUUAAUAUUGGUAGCUUGUUCUUAAUCUGAGGCCAUCUAGAUUGAGAACCAGGAAAGGACCAUAUGAACAACUCUUUCAAAAAUUUCCAUAUGCAUAUAUAGAGGAAACAGAGUAGAUAGUACAUAUCGUAUGUAUAAUUUUGAUAAUACACAGUAUAUUUCACCAUUCCCUCCUACCAAUCCCAGCCUAGCCUAUAGCCCUUCCAUUUUAUCAAAUAAACAGCAUACCCUUGCUAAAUGCUCCUCUUCCCACUACCUUACUCAUUCUUUGCUCUUCAUCCAGUCAGGAAGAUCUAUCCUGUUAUAAGUCCCAUAUUUCACUAUAUACAGAGCAGCUUUCCCAGAAAUUGCUUGAAUGAAAAACUAGUCUUGAAAGUCCAGCUACUCUUAAUUCUUAGUAGUGUUAGCUCUCAGAACAGGUUUCCUUCUAUUUCAGGUGUAUGCAAAAUAUUUAUUUUUAUAAACUUCAGUGAGAGUUAUACCAAGGUAUUAGGUUACUCAUGGGAAUAGGCCAGAGGUAAAAAUCAAACACACACACAUGCUUGUGGAAACUUGAAUGUGUCCAGAACUUGAAUAAUGUUUCAGACUGUGAUAUGAAAGGAAAAUUAUUGUUGUCUUAAACAGUUUCUGUCCUGGCUGCACUGCUCUAUCACAACAGGUUGUCACACUGGUUCAGAAACAUGGAGCUGGUACAGAGCCACAACCCAGACACUCACAUGACACUUGCAUAGGGGAACAUUGGCAUGAACCAGGCCAUACAUGGAUGUAUCUUUGCUGAUUCCCAUGAUCACAGGUGAAAAGAUGUUGUCACAAUCACAGACAUUGUUACUGUGUCUUUGUUAGCCCAGUUCAUACACAGGUUUCUCUAUAUAGUUGCAGUGUUGUGGCUGCUUGUGUAUAGUGGAAUUUGACUCCAGAAUAGGUCUGCUUAGCUUCAGUUCUGUAACCAACCCUAGAGAUUUUUACUUGGCUACGAGUGAUGGAAUAAUAUGGACUGAACAGUGAGAUAAUAGUUUGAUCACUGAUAUUUUAAACAGAUUUCAGGAAUAACUACUGUACUAAUAUAGGAAACUUCAUUUUCUUUGGGAUCAAAGGAACAAUUUAGUCUGUACUCCUUCCAGUUUGCAAGGAUUAUAGUUGCCUAUUUGUAUACUUUAUUAACAACUCCAUGUUUACAAUAAUGUUGACAUUGCCUCUUGAUUUAUCAUUUUUCUACUGUGUCUGAAUCGCAUUAUAAUUUGCAAUGUGUUUUGGGAUUUCCCCAAGGUCAGGCUUUUGGGGUAGGGCAGGGAGUUCUUUGUACUUCUGGGGUGGGGGAGAAAGAAAUCUGUGUCUGAAAAUGGCAAGUGUGUGUAUGUGUACAUAGAGAGUACAGUACUAAAGAAUAUUAAGUUGUACUAUUGUUCUGUAAAGAGGGUGAAUAGAAAUUAUUGAAAAGCGUUGGGAGAAGUAUAGUAUUGUAUUUGUAACAAUAUUGUUAUUUGUAAACACUAAACUUGAUGAGCUCUAUAUAAAUAUAUAUAUAAAAAUGUGAGCCUGGAAUGUUGAUACUGCACAUCUACUGAAUGUAAUUUUUCAGACUUCUGUCACAGGUCUCUCUGGUCCUCUUUCUCUACAAUACAACUGCAGUGGUUCAGGGGAUUUUAUUUUAUUCAUUUUUUUUGGUUAGCCUCUGUUUUGUUGUGAUGUAUUUAAGUGUGCUACAUUCCUUUAUUUAACAGAGCGCUAAUGUCUGUAAGAUCUGAAACAAUAAAAAACAAACAUACAAAAAAAGGCAUUAGAUACAGCAA